AUGCCCAUGCGUGGCAAAGAGGAAGUCGGUGACUUCCUCGAGAAAUUCGCGGAGAUCAAGGCUCUCAAGUUCGUGGCAGAACGAUUCUCCGAUGGCCGCCGCGCUUGUUGCUUCACCUGGAACGUGGAGAUCGCCGGCGCGCCGGAGGAUGCUCCGAGGAUCAAGGGCAUCUCCUUCUACGAGCUGGACGACAAAGGCAAGAUCGCCUACGUGCGCGACAUCCCCGAGAGUCUCCAAAAGCCACCGCCCCUCCAGGCCCUGGCAGCGGCGGUGCAGCCGCGGCUGCGGGUCUUCCUCCCCCGAAGCUCCGUGGUCACCGGGGAGGAGCGCUGCAACUGCGCGGACGCCGGGGGUGUGGUGUGGCCCACCGGGGAGUGCGUGGACGGCGCCACGGUGCUGGCCCGGGGGCACAGGUGGUCGCAGGGGCGGACGGCCAGCGCCGCAGCAUCGCGGAGCGCGCCGGUGAGGCGCAGGGGGCGGUGGUGGUGUACCUCCGCCAUCUCGCCUGACCCUACUGCUGGUCCCACGUGCGAGAGUGGUGCCAACCUGACGUGCUGA